AUUCUUAUUUUUUACAAGGCCAAUUGGGCUCUUUUUUGCAUUUUGUUUUGUGCCCUGUGCCUUCUACUGUGAAUUCCAAUUCAGCCCGCAAUUCAACUCGAGCGCGCAACGCUGUGCACAGGCCCUGCUAUAUACCAUUUCUGCUUGGACACGCACUGCAGCCUUUUGCAAAUUACUUUCCUUGUUUAUUUUUGCACAGGCCCUCAUUCCUGACUUUUGCACUCACAUCUGCGUGCACGGCCCUCCAUUCCUUGCAUUUGCCUCAACCCCACAGGCCAAUACUGCGAAUACAUCUGGCUGCACAAUGCAGAGCGGUUCGGCCGAGCAUGAGCAGCGGAUGCGGCUGAGCAUGAGUUUGAGCAUGAACUCCCGGACGGCUGCUGGCACAAGGUCAGUGCAUCGUAGCAGUCCCAAUGCGCCCGGUCGCUCACGUGAGAACGGGGGCUUAUUUCCUCAGCACCCGUCUCGCGGACACUCGGAUACGUCCAUGUCUGUCAUCAUCCCCGACAUGCCGUCGCCGUUGAGCUCAGCCCCGUCGGCACUUGCAUUCAAGCACGAUCGGCGACGAGACUUUUUUACUGACAACUCGACGUUCGCCGCAGCCACGGGUCGCCAGUCAUCAGAAAAUGCGGGAAUACACUAUGACAUUCGCGAGCGCUCGACGGCAGAGCCCACAGAUUCCCCGCUUCGCUCGACGAGCCACACAAAGUCGCCCACAGUCAUUCAAAUCGACACUAGCGGCAGCGAGUUGCCAAAGACUUCGCGCACAAACAGCCGCAAAAACAAGAGCACGAGCAAGAGCAAGAGCAGCGACAGCAGCCUGCCGCUGUUUCGGCGUGCGGGCAGCGAGAAUGCCACACAUGACGCGCAUCGCGGUGGCUAUGGCCCUAGCUCUCGCCUGCCCCGUUUUAUCCUCGACAGACUGCACAAUUCGGAAUCUGGAAACACGCCUGCAGCCAGCAGUGCUGACAGCUUGGCUGCCGACAGCAGCCGGGCAAGCGUUGUCAGUGGCAAUUCGGCCGCGAUGGGCUCGCCCAAAAGCGCCACCAGCGUGUCUGCAAUGCAGGCCAUGCUCGAGCUUGAAGAGGCAAAGCUGUUGUCGGCAGAGCGCAAGGGCCAGCUGCGCGCAAUCGAUAGCGUGUUGUCAGAAGAGCAAAAAAUUGCGUAUGUGGGGCUUGUGUAUGUGUUGCUGGUCGACAUCCAAGAUCGCCUUAAUGUGCAGUUCAAGGAGUCACAAUCAUCAACGGCCAGUUUCAUGAAUUUCUCGCGCCGCCUAAUGCUCAAGAUGUACUCGCAUAUCCAGCUAAACGCCGACGAGCAGCGCAUGGUAGAAUUGCUUCCGCGUCAUAAAAUCACUGCCGCAGACAUGGCGCUGUCGCUUGCCGCGCAGGGAGAUACAAUUCUAGUCGAAGCCGACCAGGAUCUGGCCGUCAUGCACAGCCAAACGGAUGAAGAGCUGGUGCAGGCGCUUCGCGGCAGCUUUGAGUGCCGCUCUAGUUUUGAAUCUGAGCGGCAGUCAAAGUCGCCGUGGCAGAUAAUGCGGUGGGACCAGAAGGACGAGGAUGUCGAGCUUUAUUCGCAGUACGCAAUGCUUCCAACCGAGAGCCUUGAUCCGGAAUCAAAAGUGCCGGCUGCGUGCGAACCGGCAUCUGCGCCCACUGUCGUUGGCGACGGUCUAAGGACAGACACUGACAGACCACAAGUGUCUGGCGUUGAGUUGAGUGCUUGUAGCACUGGCCGCCGCUCGCAUGGCUCGACAUGUAGCAGACCCAGCUCUAGUAACGGGGGAUUGGAAUCUGAGCUGGCAAAAGAUGCAGAUUUUGACCAAGCAUUCGCGCCAGACUUUACAAAAUUUGGCCACACCGAAAUCAACGCUGCGAUAACCACCAGCACCGACGCUAACACCGAUGCACUAAGCGCAUUGGAUGAUGUAACGCUAACAAAAGUAGACGCUGACCAGCAGCUAGCCAUUGACGUGCGUGCGACCCUCAUGUUAGACAUGUUUCUGCUACUUUUGAGUGAUGAGGUAUACGAUAGCCGCGGCCGUUACUUGCUCCGUCGCCUGGCCGAGGCGCUCAAGUACCCAUGGGCCGAGGUUAUGCGCUGCGAGCGUCGCGUCACUCAUCAGCUCAGCCUGCACGACUACGCUGUAGAUGUGACCGCGUCCACCAAGGGUACCACCGAAAUAGCAAUCAAGGAGCGGGCGGACAAGGGAAAAACUCGUCGCAUGGUUAUUAUCGGCCUAGCGACUGUCGGUGGCGGCCUGGUGAUUGGACUCAGCGCAGGGCUGCUUGCGCCAGCUAUUGGUGCGGGCAUUGGCGCCACUCUGGGUGCCAUUGGAGUAGCAAACACGGGUGCUUUUUUCGGCAGCAUUGGCGGCACGGCGCUCAUUACUGGUGCGGCGACGCUGACAGGCAGUAGCCUGGCCGGGCGGCAAAUCACCCGGCGCACUCGCUUUGCCGAGCAAUUCGAAUUUAUACCAUGUAUAGACGAAAAGCAGACAAACCUAGUCCUCACGGUACCCGGCUGGCUAGGCAAGGCAGACAACGGUGUGUUUGCCUUUUCGACGCUCGAUCCUCUAAAUGGCGACCAUUUCAGCCUUUUGUGGGAGUCGGAAGCGCUGCGCCGGCUGGGAAGCUCGCUGCGCAUGAUUGUUGGCGAAGUCUUUUCGAUUACCCUUACGCAGACGCUGCAGCACACAGUUCUACCGAGUCUGCUCGGCCCGCUGUCUAUCCCCAUGUGGCUGGCCAAGCUGGGCUAUGUGCUCGACAACCCGUGGUCCAGCGGCUGCGAGCUUGCCACCAACGCCGGGCCUGUGGUUGCUGACUUGCUUCUUCAGCGGGUCCAGGGCCAGCGUCCUGUCACGCUCAUUGGUUACUCCAUCGGCGCCCGGCUGAUUUUUUACAUGCUUCUCGAGCUGGCCAAGAUGAACGCCUACGGCCUCGUCGAGGAUGUUUACUUGUUUGGAGCGCCGAUUAUUGCCUCGGAAGAAGACUGGCGCACGGCUGCCAGCGUGGUUGGUGGCCGCUUUGUGAAUGCAUACAGCACCAAGGACUGGAUUCUUGGCUUCUUUUAUCGCACUACUAGUCUCGGGCGCAUGUCGAUUGCUGGCAUGCACCCGAUAUAUGGCGUCAAUGGCCUGGAGAAUAUAGACGUAUCUGACGAAGUACCAGGCCACAACGCAUAUCGCGAGGUCAUCCCCAUUCUCCUCAAGGGCAUGGGCGUUCCGGUGACCAGCACGACACUGCACGAUCCAAACGAGAAACCGGGCGAUAGCGAGGACGACCGCGCUAUGAUCAAUGAGCUUGAAAAGGCCGCGGAGAUGCUGGAGGAGCACGAGAAAAAGAAGAAGAAAGUUUGGGCGCGACGCUGGUCGUUCUGGGAUUCAGGGUCAACAGUUAGAGGAGGCAACUCUGCAAGCGAUUCGUCUGUAUCGCCCACCUCUAGCUUGACCGGCAAUAAUUCUGCGGCUGCCGCCCAAGGUGAGGUUGAUGCUGCUGCUCGUGAGCUUGCCGAACUGGGCAUUCAAGUCAAGGAAAUGCCAUCGACGUUGCCUGCACUGGUCGUUGUGCGCGACCCAUCACCCGCUGUUGGCAGUGGUAGUAGCGGCAAUAGUAAUGGCAACGGGUUGCCUGCGCAUUCCUAUGCCUAAGCGUGCCGCUUGCCUGGUUUUUAUUGUUCUACUUUGGCAAAUGGUUACUGACAAGGAAAUAUGCAAUUAUUACCACUAAAAGAAAAGGAGACUACAAGUAUGCUGCAAAACGACAUCCUUUUCCCAGUUUGACU